ACAUGGUAACCAAACAAUCCCCGAGCUGUUCUUCAUAGAAUUCUAAACAAGUUGUCCUUGUAAUUCAACUUAAAAUUCUAAACUCCUUUACAUCUACUAAUCCUUCCACAAAAAUCGAUUUAUCCGCUCCUUUCUUCCUUUCAUCUACCAUUUUUAUCUGCGUCUGGGUUUUUUUCUGACCGAAAAUUGGGGUUUUUUGAUUGAUUUUGUCCAAUAUUUGUGAAUAAAUGGAGGUCUCAGUGACUGGUAGCUCCAAAACGAAGAUUUGCAGAACAGAUUUAGCGAACAGAGAGUUAAAUUUGUGGUUUGCGAAGAGUAAUUUCGGCAAAAAUGGUGAUUACGGUGCUAAGUUGUUGUCUCAUAGGCCAAGCAGUGUUCGUUUCCGUGGACGAACUGCUACGUGGAGUAAAGCCGGACUACGAUUCGAGUUGAAAGCUGUACGAUCCGACGCAGUCCAAUCCGAUACAGUUUCUAAUCAAGCAUCUUCUACCAGAUCCAGACCGCAUGAUGGCAUAAGAUUGUUUGUUGGACUGCCUCUGGAUGCAGUUUCUGACUGCAAUACCAUAAACCAUGCGAGAGCCAUUGCAGCUGGAUUAAAAGCUUUGAAGCUGUUGGGAGUAGAAGGUGUUGAGUUGCCAGUCUGGUGGGGAGUGGCUGAGAAAGAAGCCAUGGGGAAAUUCCAAUGGUCAAGCUACCUUGCUCUUGCAGAGAUGGUUCAGAAAGCCGGCCUGAAACUUCAUGUAUCAUUAUGCUUCCACGGAUCUAAGCAGCAUAAAAUACCACUUCCGGAGUGGGUGACCCAGAUUGGUGAAGCCCAACCUGGCAUUUACUUUGCUGAUCGGUAUGGGCAGCAUUACAAAGAGUUUUUGUCGCUAUCUGUUGAUAAUCUUCCUGUUCUUGAUGGGAAGACUCCCAUUGAAGUUUACAGUGAAUUUUGCAAGAGUUUCAAGGAUUCAUUCUCAGCUUUCUUGGGUAACACAAUCACGGGCAUCUCAAUGGGUCUAGGGCCAGAUGGGGAGCUUCGAUAUCCUUCUCACCACCAGUUACCCAAAAGCAACACAAUCCCUGGAGUUGGUGAAUUCCAGUGUUAUGACAGAAACAUGCUUGACAUUCUUAAACAUGAUGCUGAAGCUUCUGGAAAUCCUUUAUGGGGACUUGGUGGUCCUCAUGAUGCACCCAGCUACAACCAGACACCUGAUUCAACUAACUUUUUCAAGAAUGGGGGAUCCUGGGAAUCUCCUUACGGUGAUUUCUUCCUUUCUUGGUACUCAAAUCUGCUAAUAGCUCAUGGAGAUCGCCUGCUCUCCCUUGCUUCUUUGACAUUUAGUGAUUCUUCAGUAAUAGUUUCUGGCAAAGUCCCUCUCAUGCACUCAUGGUAUAAAACCCAGUCACACCCAUCUGAAUUGACUGCCGGCUUCUACAAUACAGCCAAUAGGGAUGGCUAUGAAGCAGUUGCGGAGAUGUUCGCAAGGAAUUCCUGCAAAAUGAUCUUACCAGGAAUGGACCUGUCAGAUGAGCACCAACCACGUGAAUCUCUCUCAAGUCCUGAGUUAUUACUUGCACAAAUAAGAAGAGCAUGCAGAAAACAUGGCGUUGAGGUUUCUGGGCAGAACGCAUCAGUGUCAUGUGCUCCCGCUGGACUUGAACAAAUCAAGAAAAACAUAUCCGAUGAGAAUGUUAUAGACUUGUUCACUUACCAAAGAAUGGGAGCUUAUUUCUUCUCACCAGAUCAUUUUCCAAAGUUUACUGAGUUUGUCCGCAGCCUUAAUCAACCUGAGUUGCAUUCAGAUGAUCUACCAAUGGAAGAGGAAGUCACUGAAUCUCUAGGUACGAGUUCAAGCUCCAGCAUACAUAUGCAGGCAGUUUAGUGAGACUUAAUGCAAGUAAAUAGUUACUAUGCGAUUGUAUCAUGUAUGUAGAGGAGAUUUAUUAGGCAUAGCAUACCGGAGAUGACUAGCAUUAUUAUAUUACAUUGAAGCAAGACAUAUAAUUUUUAUGGGCAAGUUUUAUUACCCAAGAACUGAAAAGAACAAUAUAAGAAGAAAACAGUGGAGCAAGCUUGAAUUUGUCUUGAGCUUCACCUUGUUUCUUCAUUGGAAGAUCUUUAGAUUCUUUACCAGUAGA